GGUGAAUCACAUCAUAUCAUAUCAUAUAUCAUCAUAGUAAUAUUAAUUAUGAUUAUAAUUUGUUAUUGUUAGUGGUAAAGUUUGGACCUUUCUCAGGUUAUAGUUACUACGUUGCGUAGUGAAACUGAAAAACAUGGGGGACUCAGCUUGUCUCAUGCAAAUGCAACAACCAUUCUGUUAUGCUUCUGGGAUUAUCAAUGAAGCCAAUGAGAGAAACCCGAUUCAUGCAUUGGGGCAAUCAUCAGUUUCCUUUGGGAGGUUCAUGUCAGAAUCUCUUGCAUGGGAGAAAUGGUCAAGCUUCUCUCACAACCGCUACGUCGAAGAGGCAGAGAGGUUCUCAAGGCCUGGCUCAGUUGCUCAGAAGAAGGCCUUCUUUGAAGCUCACUACAAGAAACUCGCCGCUCAAAAGGCGGCUGCAGCAGCAUUGCUCGAACAAGCAAACAAUGCUGCUGCACAAAACAAUAAUGAAGAUGAGCAUGUCGACGAAGUUGCAAACAAUGAUGUUGCACAAAACAAUGCUAUUGAUGAUAAUUCAGAGAGAAGAAGUUCAAGCACUAGAUUGGUUGUCAAAGAAGAACAAGAUUCCAUUAUCAGUGCCAAUGGGAAUUACUCAGUUUCGGAUUUAGAGGCAAGUAGUACUAUUUUGCCUCAAAGUAACAAGGUAGAAGAAGCUGUGUCAAAGAUGGAAGAAGAACCUUUGGUUGGGAAUUCAAUGAAGAUUGAAUUGCAAAGCCAAAAUGAAGAUGCUGAAAAGAUCCUUGAAACAACUCCAAUUAUGACACCAUUACUGAAGCAGGGUUCAAGAUAUGAUCAAGAAAUUUUGCCUUCAGUUAGCAAGAAGAAACCACCAGUUUCUUCCUUCAAAUUGCUAAAGAGCAAUGCAACCUCCAAAGUUGCUUCUACACCAAUCAAAUCAACAGCAGCUACUCUUUCUUCAAAGAGAGAUAACAGUAAUAUUGCUGCUACCCCAACUAGCAGCAGCAACAAGCAUGCUUCAUUACUAAGCUCUGCUGAUAAAAGAAGAUCUACUCCUUACAAGUCGGUCAAUUUUACGCCGAUUAGAGAACUUAAUAGAUUGACUGCAUCAGUCAUGAAGAAAUUUGAAAGUGCAAGAGCUAGUGCUGGUUCCUCAAAGGCUUCAAAGGAUGCAUCAUUAACUCCUCUAAGAACACCAACUAUGACUUAUAAGAAGGAGAUGCCGAUGCAUUCUGCAUUGACCCCAUUAACAGAAAAGAAAAGGAACAAAACUCCUCUUGAUUUAUCAAGCACAGGCAAAAAUACAGCCAGCUCUAAAUGGCGCUUGCUCUCAACAGAAAAUAAAAUGAGAUCCCCAAUGAUAUCCUCACCUUUCAGCUUGAGGACAGAAGAAAGGGCUGCAAGAAGAAAGAAGAAACUUGAAGAAAAGUUCAAUGCCAAUGAGGCACAAAAAGUGCAACUUCAUACAAAACUCAAGGAAAAAGCAGAGACAGAGAUCAGAAAACUUCGCCAAAGUUUUUGCUUCAAAGCAAGGCCACUACCUGAUUUUUACAAGGAAAGGAAAGAAUCAAACAAGGAGACACAGAAGGAUCCACAGAUACAAUCUGAAUCAAGAAAGGCUACUCCUCAUAGUCAGAGACCUUACAAUGGCAGUGGCACCAUCAAGAACUUCCAGGAAAAGACUCAGCGCCGCACCUUUGCUCAUCAUCUGAGUACUACUCUUGAGAAUACAUCACCAAAUAUUCAACAAGGAAACCUCAAGAAUAGGAAUCACAAACAAUGAUCAUGCUUCAUGAUGUAGCAGAUGAAAGAUCAGUUUGAACUUGUAAAUGUAGCUUGAAGGAAAUGCACCACAUUAGGCACCAUUUGUUCUCUGUUGUAUUCUUGGUAUAUAACACAACAUUAGUAACCAACUCUGACUGUUGUUCUUC